GCAUAUUUUCCAUUACUCGAUCCAGCUCGGUAGUGUACGGACAUCUCUAUUGUACAAAUUUCUACAAAAGAAAAAAGUUUCCAAAGUUUUUUUUCGAGUAAAAUAAAAAUAUUUUACUAAAAUGUCGGUGUACGACAAGAAUAUGGCCCGUCUGGUGAUUGAUUCAAUGGGUGCCAUGGGCGGUUCGGCCUCCAAGGAAGUCAUUCUCCAGAUCAUGAGCACCGCCACCGACACUACGGUUCUCGAACUCUCCAGUGCAGUGAACAGCGUCAUCGACUUCCUCAUGGCCAAGGGAGUGUUCCGCGAGGAGAACGGCGUGUAUUUUGUGGCCGACGAGCCGGAUCCCCAAAUUUUGGAGGAACUUAUGGCAGAGCCUUCCCAGGACGAGCUGGAGUUCAGCGAUUGAGGAUGGUGAACUAAAGAUAACGAGUCUUAAAGGAACAUUUAAAAUCUCUUGUGUUUAUAUUAGAGCGACUUGAUGAGUUUUAGGCCCUCUGCGAAGGCUUGGCUUGUCCCAAGACGCCACCUUACGUAUUGUUUAUCGUUAUAUUAUUUAAAUCGGAGAAUAAAAUAGUUUUAAAUAAUAAA